CCAGCCAUUCAUAUUUCUUUGCCUUAUUUCUAAAACACUUCAGGCCUGAGGACUUGCGCCGUGAGUUUGGUCGAUAUGGCCCUAUAGUAGACGUUUACAUUCCACUUGACUUCUACACCCGCCGCCCAAGAGGAUUUGCUUAUGUUCAAUUUGAAGAUGUUCGUGAUGCUGAAGAUGCUCUUUAUAACCUCAAUAGAAAGUGGGUAUGUGGCCGUCAGAUUGAAAUACAGUUUGCACAAGGUGAUCGCAAAACACCAGGCCAAAUGAAAUCAAAAGAACGUCACCCUUGUUCUCCAAGUGAUCAUAGAAGAUCAAGAAGCCCCAGCCAAAGGAGAACUCGAAGUAGAAGUUCUUCAUGGGGAAGAAAUAGGAGACGGUCUGAUAGCCUUAAAGAGUCUCGACACAGGCGAUUUUCUUACAGCCAGUCUAAAUCUCGCUCCAAAUCACUACCAAGGCGUUCUACCUCAGCAAGGCAAUCAAGAACUCCAAGAAGGAAUUCUGGUUCUAGAGGACGGUCAAGGUCCAAGUCCUUACAAAAAAGGUCCAAGUCAAUAGGAAAAUCACAAUCAAGUUCACCUCAAAAGCAGACUAGCUCAGGAGCAAAAUCAAGAUCACAUGGAAGACAUUCUGACUCCAUAGCAAGAUCCCCAUGUAAAUCUCCCAAAGGGUAUACCAAUUCUGAAACUAAAGCACAAACAGCAAAACACUCUCAUUUUCGAUCACAUUCCAGGUCUCGGAGUUAUCGUCAUAAAAACAGUUGGUGAACGGCAACAGAAGAGCGCUACAUAGUCUCUAAUAUAAGUUAUUAAACCUCUCAUUAUGUUAAAUAAAAAUUCUUCAAGGCUUACAGAAAACAUGAGUUCAUAUUAGUUACUUUGGGCAUGUGCAAGAAAUAAAAUCUCUCUAGCUUUGGAUUAAUAAAGAUUUGAUCUCAAUUUAAGGGCCCCACACCACAAAUUAUGAUGUGUCUAAUAUCACCAUUUUAUGGACCAUUUUUUGUUUACAUUGUUGCAGAAGGGUACUUUUCAAAGGAAAUGGGUAAAAUGGAACUAAUUUAGAAAAUUCUACUUGGAUAUUAAGUAUUAGGAAUAUUAAUAAUACCUUUUACAAAAAUGUAUUUUACUUUAAAGCACUUUACUUUCAUGUAAAAAGUAAUUAUGACUGUAUAAUUGCAUAGGGCAGACUCAAACUAUUUGACACCUUAUGUCUCUUUUUUGUCUUCUGUUUAAACUUGGACCAGUUCCCGAUAUUAGUUCAUAUUACAAAAUUCUGACAUUCCUAAAAGUAGAGAGAUCAAGCAUUCAAAAGAUACAUUCUGUCCUGAGCUCAAAAAAGGUUUUAUUUUUAUUGGGUGGAACAGUAUGGAUAAGUUGACAUUAAAUUGCGUCCUGUACCAUGUUCAUUCACUUCAGAGUAUCAAAACGUUUUAAAAAUAUUGA